UGGCAUGUUCGCGUCUUACGAAACAGCUGUUGCAUGGAGCUUUUCGGAUUAUCUUCACCUGUGUAACAAUUUCAAUAAAAACAAACGCCUCACAAUGGAAAAGUGAAAACUGUCUCUAUAAAUUUAGAAAUUUUUAAAGGUUAAGUUAUGUGGAUUGACGCUCUUCUUCCCUACGCUUUCACUUUAUGGAAUAUGACAGCAAUAAACAAUCCAUCAGCACAAAAGUCAUCUCCUCUUGAAAUUGAUUUGAAAGAGAAUAUUAGCAAUUUAUUACAAAAUGAAGAAAAAAAUCUUACUGAUUUCUAUUUACUAAAAGAGGCUCCUGAAGUUUCUGUACCAGAAGCUAUAGCAACUGCUGCAUCCCUUUCAGCCAUAAUGAUUGCUACAGUUGUAGGCAACGUUCUCGUAAUACUCUCCGUGUUCACCUAUAAACCACUUCGAAAUGUUCAGAAUAUGUUUAUUGUUUCCUUAGCUGUAGCUGAUAUAGCAGUUGCUGUAUUGGUAAUGCCAUUCAACGUAGCCUAUUCUAUCCUGGGACGUUGGCUAUUUGGACUUCACAUGUGUGAAAUGUGGCUAACAUGUGAUGUUCUCUGUUGCACAGCUUCUAUUCUAAAUUUAUGUGCUAUUGCUUUAGAUCGAUAUUGGGCUAUACACGAUCCCAUAAACUACGCUCAGAAAAGAACAUUGAAGAGAGUAUUGGUUAUGAUCUUAUUAGUGUGGGUAAUCAGUAUAUUAAUUUCGGUUCCGCCUUUGAUCGGAUGGAAUGACUGGCCUGAUAUGUUUGAUGAAACGACACCUUGCAGAUUAACAGAAGAAAAAGGUUAUGUUAUAUAUUCCUCGAGUGGUUCGUUCUUUAUCCCACUUUUUAUAAUGACUACUGUGUAUUUUAAGAUCUUUCAAGCUACAAAAAGAAGAUUGAGAGAAAAAUCGAAGGCUGCGGCAAAAUUUGCCAAAACUAACAGUAGUGGAAAGAGUAUUCAACUAAAGUAUAUUCCGCCAGAAACUACUACUACACAAAUAAUACCAAUGGAUUCAACUUGCGAUGAUACAAUUGAGAGUCCAUCAUCGACUCCUACAGAUCAAUUUCGUACAAAUGGUAGUAGGAAAUCCGACACCACAACAAGAAACGGCUUAGGAUCAGUCAAUGUUCGUCAAUAUAUGGAACAAAAACAGAGAAUAUCACUAUCGAGAGAAAGGAGAGCUGCACGAAUUUUAGGAAUCGUUAUGGGUGUUUUUGUAUUAUGUUGGUUGCCAUUUUUCCUUAUGUAUGUCAUAUUACCAUUCUGUCAAAAUUGUCAUAUUUCUGAUCGAGGUAUUAAUUUUAUAACUUGGUUAGGUUACGUUAAUUCUGCUUUAAAUCCUAUUAUAUAUACUGUUUUUAAUGAAGAUUUUAGAAAGGCUAUAAUUAGAUUGUUAUGCAGUGGAAGAUAAAUAUA